AUGGAAGACCAUGAUGCGCAGAUUUCUGCAUUUCUGAAACAUCGAUGUGCAACGUGUCGUAAAGAGUUCAAGAACCUCAAUCAUCUCCGGCGGCAUGAAAUACGACUGCCUCCUCAUUUCGAUGCGAAUAUUGUUCUCGAAGCUUUGCCAGAAAGUGAGUGCUUCACUCGAUCUAGUCGCACCUUCGCUGAUGAUCCAGCGACGCUUUGCGACGUCACUUCAAAACCUGCUCAAAAGUAG